AUGGCACGGGUCCGCCACCAAGCCCUCUUGGGAGCUCUGACGGGGCUCCUUUGCCGACCUGCUUCCACGGCACGGCAGAUUCCGACCGUUCCAAACGUGAAAGAGACCCUCGACGAUCUGAAGCAGCAAUUCGGCGAGCAGUUCGGACUCGGACUCAACGCCUCACUCGUGGGUGACCAUCAAUAUCUGUGGCCCGCGGAUCUCUACGGGUGCCCUCGCAUUUACAAGCACGGGGGCAGGUCGACCGAGGAUUUCAACGUGUGGUGGAAGGCGGUCGACAAGGCAGUCGACAAGGCAGAGGCGUGGGCCAGAUGGUCCAAGAUCAAAGCGCUCGAGGCGAAACCCAGGUGGUCAAAUAUCGGACUCGCCGUGAUCAACACGCUCGAGAGGCACGAGGGCGCGGCCCGCGGCAUCUCGUGGGACACGUUCACCGACACGGCCCUGGAGGGAGAUUGGGUCUUGCAGAGCCCACCGCGGGAGAUUUGGAACACAGGGAACGGACACAACGACUCCUUGGAGCUGCUGCACCAGAGGCUGAGGUGCUCGGGAAGCACAGCUCUGACGUCCACGGAUCCGCUGUGCUACCCCGAUUUCAAGCUCUGGAAGUGCAUUCCUGACGACCGUGGGGGAGCUUGUCCGCAUGGUGGCCAAUGCCGGCCUUUCUCUUCUACCAUCACAAAACCAGGUAUGGAGCCUGUUCAUCUAUGCGCUGGGCCUGCUGAUUCUAUCAUAGACCGCUUCUACGACGUGAUCGCAAACGCAAAGGAAUACGUGGACAUUGUCAGUCUUGAGAUGCCGGACGGGAGAUUUCUUGCUGCCAUCCGGAACGCCAUCACAUAUCUACAGAAUGCUCGUCUUCAAGAUCCGUCUUUGCCCGUGGUUCAAGUGAGGUUUCUGUUUGGACAUUUACUUGGAGAGUCGUUGCUAGACUUGCCUAUACCUGCGCUCGCAGCAAUAAGCAAUCAACGAUCGACAACGUCGUUGGACAUCAUUCUGCGCGACAUCUUACCAGACUUUGAUCACUUUGUCCGAAACAGGUCGUCAAUCAUACGCGUAGUGGCUGGUACGCUCAGAUGGUGGCCUGACUCGUGGAACCAUGUCAAGAUUGUAGCAGCAGACGGAAAGCGAAUGAUCCAGGGGGGAAUCAAUUUUUGGACUCGCGAUUACCUAGAUCACGAUCCUGUUUUCGAUCUGUCCAUGGUUCUUUCAGGCCAUGUGGUAGUUGGUGCACAUUAUUUUGUCGAUUCGUUAUGGGAUUCCAUCUGCGACGGCAUUGCGCACCCAAACGAUCUCGGAUUCGCAGGUGCUUUCAGCUACUUUCCAUAUUCGGUGAAUAAGCCGAUCAAAACCUUUGAACGGGAAAAGACUGAAGACGGAUGGUUCACUGGUGGGAGAAAAGACUUGGAGGUACUUCCAGCUCAGGCGAUGUCGACCUGGGAAAGGUUGGAAGCCCCGACGAAGAGCAAGACUGUCAAACACAAGGGUCUUAGUACGAUUUCUGUUGGCCGCAUGGGAAGCUUGGGGUCAAAUUCUGCUGACGUCGCACUCACUGCUCUUCUCCAGUCAGCGGAGAAGAACAUUAAGAUCUCUGCGCAAGACUUUGGGCCAGCUGUAUCGUUGCUCGGCUGGCGUUACGACCACAUCGACGCAAUCUGUUAUGCCUUGGCCAAUGGAGCUCAUGUGCAGGUGAUGCUGAGCAAGCCUGACUUUGUACCAGCCAAAACGAGUGCAUGGCAAACCUUUCCAGUUGGGUCGUCAAUAUUGAAGGACUCCUACGACUCGAAGGGGGUCUCAGAGUUGAAGAGCACCAUGCACGCCUAUGGUAUGGGAUACACGAAGGACGAUAUCAUAGAGCAGUUUACGUUGCGCCUUGACCAUAUUGGAGCCGACGCCGAAACUAUCAACAACUUAGAUGUGUACUACUUGCUGGAAGGUUUGGUUCCAGGAGGUUGGGGAAAUCAUGCGAAGAUGAUUAUUGUGGACGACAAGGUAUUCGCGAUUGGUUCUCAAAAUUUGUACGCGUGCAACCUGCAAGAGUAUAGCGUCAUUGUCGACGAUGCCAGUGCAACAAAGCAGCUCCUCGAUUCGUAUUGGUGGCCUUUGUGGGGUCGAUCAAAGACACUGCCAACGCACGCGCAAGUUGGAAACACAACGAGUCAGGGAAACUCUUCUGGCGCCUCAGUGCAACGCCUGUAUGGUCUGUGUAGAGACGGGCGGCAAAUACAUCGGACCAGCGGCGACAAUUGUAUGAAGUCUUACACGGACGACGUGGACAUAGGCUGCGGCCUUAUCUCAGAGGAGUUCUGCUAUAACCAUGACCCGACGGCGCGGUGCUGCUGCAAAGAGGGUGGGGUCAAGGUCGAAUAUACUUGGACAUUCGGGAAACACAAGACGGCUACAAGCUGGUGUUGA